CAUGAAACUAUAGAAAUUUUAUUCAUAUUUGAAACAAAAAAAACGUAGUUCUGAUUGAAUAGCCAUUCGGUCUUGAUUUUGAUUGCAGUUCAAUUGUUGAAGUGUCUCAACAAAUCAUUUUCGAACAAAAAACAUGGUUGUGCUCAUGAAAAAGUUCUUGCGGAAACAAUUAUCGGUUCAAUGUGCUAAAACGGUUGUUAUUUUGGCUUAUAUAUUAGCAUUUUUUAUCUGUUUACAGACACUUUUUAUUGAUCAUGUCAGCAUAAAAAGGGAAGAUAUGGAAAUUUUUCCUGAAGAUCAACAACGCAACGAUAAUUCGAAGGCUGAAUUACUUUCUGAAGGUCAAAAGUGCAUCGAUACUCCAUGGAUAGACUAUCCAGCACGAAUUCACCCUCAUUCUCCAAUAAAUCACCCGAAGUAUUCACUUCCAAAAGGACUGAAAAUGCUACAGGACCCCUCUGACGCCGCCAGUCUGAUGGAAAGGUGCUCAAAACUUGACUCCAAAACGAAUUUGAGGGUCAUCAUGAUCAACUCUCGGUCAACUUCCUUCGCCCAACGGUUGGCCGUACGUGAAACAUAUCUACGAGAAUUAUUACAAUCAAACACAAAAAAUUUCACUUGGAUAUAUUUUUUCGCAGUUAGUCAACCUUCUUCGAACGGCAAUGUUAAUAUUUCAAACAUAAAAGAGGGUUUGCAAAAAGAAAUUUCCCAAUAUGCCGAUGUUGUUAUUUUCAACACGCCUGAAGGCUAUGAUUUAACACCGCUCAAAAUUCUUUCGUCAAUGAAAUUAGUGUAUUGCUAUUGUCCGAAGUUCGAUUAUUUUGCAAAAUCUGACGACGAUACAUACACCAGAAUUGAUAGACUGAACAAUGAGCUUCCCAAACUGCAGGAGAAAGUCGAUAAAAAGUACCCGGAAUGGAGAAUUGCGAACCCACGCAAGCCACUUGCCGAAAGUCACGUGCCCUUGAACACGGCAGGGCUUUGCAGAUUCAUAGACGUACCUCGUAAAAACACGAAGUUGCGGCGACAUGAGAUUCCGAUCAGCGUUAUACGUGGAAAAACUCUACCUUUCAAAUACUGUAUGGGUCAAUUGGAAAUAUUCGACAGCUCUAUCAUUGAGAGCUUCGUACAAAACUGUGCGCAGCAUUGCAUAGGAUUUUAUGGGAACAGUGUCAACUUCAAUUUCUCACUUCCUUGCGUAUGGCGACCGGAAGACAUGUGGUUGGGCUCCUGCAUGCACGCAUACUUCAAAGGUCCAAUGGUCAUAAGAGAUAUAGCGAGAGGAAUUGCCCAAUGGGAUAACCCGAAACCUGUUACUGCUUCCAAGCACCCGCAUAACCACGUGAUCAUCAUUGACCGAAAAACUCCAGAAGCGCUUAAAGAAGCUCACAGGUUUUACAAACAAUUAGACCAGAAGUUAUCAAAAAACCGAACAAAUUUGAGCUGAAUUUUAUCUAUUUAUUCCUAUUUUGAUUCCAAGAUUUGUACAAAUUUGUAACCCUUUCAUAAGAGUA